AUGAGUUUAAAUGAAAAUGAAAGGAAUAUCGGACAAGAAUAUCCUCUUCCAAAUAUAUCUGAAUAAAAUCUCCCUUAAAAAGUGAAUAUCUAAUAAGAAAAGAAAGAUUUUACAUAACAAGAAGAAGAAGAGUUAAAUUAAUGGAAAAGUUCAAAUAAAUUGUUUGGAGGAACAAUAUAUUUAGUAUCAGGUUUAUAUUUAUUAAUUGCAGGCAUUAUAUUUGCAAUAAAAAAUGAAGAAGUAAUAGAAUAUAAAGUAAACUAUGGAAUACUAGAUAAAUGUUUAAAUCCUUCAGAAACUUCAAUUUGUGAAUUUAUACUAUAAAUAGAAUAAACAAUGAAACAACCAAUUUUUGUAUAUUAUGAGAUGAAAAACUUCAAUUAAAAUCAUCAAAUUUAUCUCGAAAGUUAUGACUAUAGUUAACUUUAUUCUAAUUCAAAUGAUUCGUUAAAUUCUAAUAGAUGUAAACCUUUUAGAACUAAUAUGGAUUUAAAUGAAAAAUUUUAAAAAUAAAUAAAUUAAAAUAAUCCAUCUAAAGAAAUUAUUUUAAAAAAUUUAAAUGGAAAAAUAUUUUAAAAUAGUUAAUUAAAUGACGUUGCUUUUCCUUGUGGUUUAAGGGCUUUUACGAUUUUUAAUGAUGAGUAUAAAAUUUAUAAUUCUGAGGUUUAAAAAUAAAAUGAGAUUUUUGUAAAUAGUACUAAUAUUUCGUGGAAUUAUGAUAAAAAAUAUAUGAAAAAUUUAAAUACUUAAGAUUAUAAAGAUAAAUAAUGGCUUGAUUUAGAGGAUGAAAGAGUUCAAAAUUGGAUGAGGCCUUCAGGAUUGUCCAAAUUCAAAAAAUUAUGGGGAAGAAUUGAAUAAAAUUUAUAGCCAGGUUCUUAUGUUGUUUAAGUUAAAAACAAAUAUGAUUCUCAAUUUUUUGAUUCUUAAAAAUCUUUUAUUAUAAGUACUGUUAACUCAAUAGGUGGAAAAAAUCCUGUUUUAGUCAUUUCACAUUUAAUUGCAGGUUCUGUUUCGUUUUUAAUAGGAAUCGUAUUAGUAAUUUACCAUUUUAAAUAUAAAUUUUAUAAGCAAAAUUAGUAUUGA